AAUUUAUCUCAAUAGAGCAACUCAGUAACAACCAAUCCUCCCGUUAUGACACCACUCACAGGACGACUAGCACCAGUCCAGUUAUUUUCCCUGUGCAAAAAAUUUGCUAGUGUCCACAGGAUGUCCACUUCGGCCCAAUACCUCAUAAACGACCCCAAAUACUCAUUUCUGAAGGACUUGGGCUUGAAGGCCUCCAACUUGGGCGUCUACGACGGCACGUGGAGGGGCUCAGGCUCGUUAGUCCAGUCGAUUUGUCCCAGCAAUGGUAAAGUGAUCGCCGAAGUCCGCCAAGGCACAGCCGAGGACUACACCUCUUGCGUCACAGCCUCCCAAUCAGCCUGGAGCACGUGGGCCGACCUCCCAGCCCCCCAGCGCGGGGAAAUUGUGCGCCAGAUCGGGGACGCCCUCCGGGCCAAACUCCACCCCCUGGGGCAGCUCGUUUCCCUCGAAAUGGGCAAAAUCCUCCCCGAGGGAAUCGGGGAAGUCCAGGAGUACGUGGACAUCUGUGACUACGCCGUCGGUCUCUCGCGCACUCUGGCAGGCGCCAUCUACCCCUCGGAGCGCCCAGGCCACGUGCUGAUGGAAAAGUGGAACCCUCUGGGUGUCGUGGGGGUGAUUUCGGCCUUCAAUUUCCCCAUCGCUGUCUAUGGCUGGAACAGCGCCAUCGCCAUGGUCUGCGGGGACACGGUGCUGUGGAAGGGGGCGGAAACCACCCCCUUGGUGUCGGUCGCCACCACGAGGAUCGUGGCCGACGUCCUCGAGCGCAACCACCUCCCGGGGGCCGUCGCGGCGCUGUGCUGUGGAGGCGCCGAUGUGGGCAAGGCUAUGGCCGCCGACGAGAGGAUUAAGCUGUUGUCGUUCACUGGGAGUUCGCAGGUUGGGCACCAAGUCGGGGUGGAGGUGCAGAAGAGGUUCGGGAGACAUUUGCUGGAGUUGGGGGGAAAUAAUGCACUUAUUGUUGCCGAAGACGCUGAUUUGAAUAUGGUGGUGCAAGCGACGUUGUUUGCUUGUGUGGGGACGGCGGGGCAAAGGUGUACCACCACGAGGAGGCUUAUUUUGCACAAAAAUGUCUAUGACGAGGUUCUCCAAAGGCUGAAAAAAGCCUACGAGCAAGUCUUGCAUCGAAUUGGGGACGCACUGGAUGAAAAAACCUUAAUAGGGCCAUUACACAGUCAAACCUCCCUACAAAACUAUGAAAACAGAAUAGCUGAGAUUAAAAAGCAAGGCGGGACGAUUGAAUUCGGGGGCAAACGAAUCGAAGGUCCUGGCUUUUUCGUACAACCAACCAUUGUCACAGGCCUCAAACACGAUAAUCCCCUAGUUCACAGCGAAUGUUUCGCGCCUAUUGUCUAUAUUUUGAAAACGGAAAGUGUAGAUGAAGCCAUUUCGUGGAAUAAUGAAGUUCCCCAAGGCCUAUCGUCAAGUAUUUUCACACAAAGCAUUGGAAAUAUUUUCAAGUGGAUUGGACCCAAAGGUUCGGACUGUGGCAUUGUGAACGUGAAUAUUCCCACUUCGGGGGCUGAAAUUGGGGGGGCCUUCGGUGGGGAAAAACACACUGGUGGGGGGAGGGAAUCUGGAAGUGAUGCCUGGAAACAGUACAUGAGGAGGUCCACUAUCACGAUCAAUCAUUCCAAGGAAUUGCCCUUAGCACAAGGAAUUAAAUUUGAAUAAACGCCAAAAUUGUGAUUUUUAUAAAUAAAUCAUCAAAAACUUUAA